GCCGACGUACGCAUGCUGAAACAUGGUCGAGUUCCAAACGUCCUAUGCAAUCAUCAAUGCUCUGUAGAGCCCUGUUGGUCCCAUUGGGCGGCAUCGAUGCGUGCAUGCUGACCACCUUCGAGGAGCAAACGUAUCGAGCUUGAGCAGCCGGGGUCAAGGCCCGCCUUUCGCCACCUGCAAGGUCCGCCAGCGACUGAGGGAAUUGACCCUUUCUCACUUCAAAGCAGCUUAAAAGCACCCUCCGUGAUGGCUUCCGCAGCGAAGGCGCUGGAGCACCAAGGCCCAAGCUCAAUUUCUCCCGCAGUGGAUUUUGGCCAGCAGUCCGCUGGCGCAGCGAUGGACCAGCAGAAUGCUCUUGCUCGAACGUCAACGGGACUCUCAGCCGCGCAGUCUUCGAUUUCUGCGGCCUCAUCAUCUUCCAGAUCUUCCGCAUCUCCAUUUGACUCGAUCCGCAGGUCGUCUGCCUCGUUCCUUCACAAAGCCCGCGAUCGGACCAGCUCAAGUAAACGGCACUCCAAAGCCGCUUCCGUGACAGCUGCGGAUAUGGACUCUGUCCCCUCACUGCAGGCCCAUUCAGGACACGACGACCGAGAAAGAGAUGAGGGUCCUAUGCCUCUGACUACUGCAUAUGCUUUGGUGUCGCAAGGUGCGCAAGCUGCUCAAGCUUUACACGCAAAUGCGCCUUCACUUGAUUCGUCCUCUACAAGAGGGGGGAAGCCCGUGCUUUCUCGUCUGACCCCAGCCCCAGUUGACGAAGGAGAUACAGCUCUCACUCCCACGCAGCAAAGAAAGAUCCCAGCGGCCGUACCCGUCCGCAAUACGGCUUCUUUGCCUGAUACACCGCUGACGAAUACAACUACCCAAGACACACAUGUCACGGCUGCAGCCGACAUCAGCAGCAGCAAGAACACAGAUAUCCUGUCGCGUUUCUUCAAUCAGCUCACCGAGCGCAGUCGUUCGCAACGACGCCUGUUGUUUACCUUCUUCACUGCCACCGCCGUCGUCGCCGUCUUCACGGCACAUGUGGGUCAGCACUACACAAAAACGGCGUUUCUGGCAGCUUGCCUGGUUGUUGCAUCACUCGGAUUCGUGCUGCUCAAAAGCCUGGAGCGGCAGGAGCAGGAUGAUCGAUGGCUUGUCGAGGAGCAGGUUCGCAGGAUCUUGAGUCAGCAUGGGAUGUCACCGAACGACAUAUUGGCUCUGUUUUCGGAGAAGGAAAACACCUUACCAGGGGCCCCAUACCCCUUCGGAGAGACCGUAGAAUGGGUGAACACGGUCCUCUCGCACGUAUGGCCCUUGAUCGGGCACGAUUACUUUGCCCCUUUCAUCGAUCUGCUGGAGGAUGCGCUGAUGCAGCAAGUACCUGGGAUCGUACACUCAGCACGCGUGCACGACUUGGAUCAAGGAAGUCUUCCGCCUCGCCUGAAGUGCUUCAAGGUCCUUCCACCCAGCAUCGACGCCUUUCUUGCGGGCGAUGCAGACGGCGACGAAAACGCGCGAGCGGAGCAUAAGAGGCUGUGGCGCAAGAAGUCGAAGCAGAACGAGGAAGAUACCUUGCCGACGCACGAGGAGGGCCAUCUAGACAGUGGCGACUUUAUCAAUCUGGAAGUCGAUUUUGUCUACCGUGCGCCUAGCACGCUUGACGGCAGGUCGUGCGGUAAGAUGAACCAAAAAACCGAUUUCGAGGGUGACGUGCAGCUUUCGGAAGAUGAUAUCAUUCAAAAGGGAAGAGAAAAACUUCACAUGCUCCUCUAUCUGGGCAUCGGCAUCAAGAAGCUCGCUGCCAUCUCUGUGCCGGUAUGGAUCGAAGUGCUGGGUAUCGAAGGCCGAAUGCGCCUGCGGCUACAAGUCACACCGGUCCUCCCCUUUGUCAAGCACGUCGCGUUCACACUGAUUGGACAGCCAAAGCUCGAAAUAUCCGCCAAGCCGCUAGGCAAGAAAAUGGUGGUCGAUGCGAUGCAGCUGCCGCUCAUCUCAUCGUACAUCCUCCGCUCGAUCGAACGCGUCGUGAAGGGAUUUGUGAUGCCGAAGGCGUACACGGUCGACGUAGCAGCGCUGCUCAGCGCAGGCGAGGGCCCGCAGCACCCAUACGCCGUCGGCGUCAUCUCGCUGAUCAUCCAUCAAGCCACGGACCUCGCUGCGGCGGAUACGAACGGCAAGUCCGACCCGUUCGUCCAGGCGUGCUUUGCACGUUCGGGACGACCGCUCUUCUCGACGCGCGUUGUACGCAGGAGCUGUGAUCCUGUGUGGCAGGAGUCGGGUUUCUUGCUCGUCACACCUGAUGAGAUCCGUGCACACGACUCGUUGCGCCUCACUGUCUACGACGCCGAUCGUUUCUCGGUGGACGACCCGCUAGGGAAGAUCGAUGUUCCCCUGCAGCAUCUUCUCACGCGCGCCAUGAGCCGCAAAGGGAGGGACGCGCAGAUUAUGCUCGAAUACAGGACGGAUGAGCUGGAGCCUUUCGAUCAAGUAAGUGAGGUGCAGGGUACUCUCAGCUACAGCGUCGGCUUCUUUGGCCUCUCGCUCCCGCACAAGGUGGCGAGCGCGCAGGUAGCCAAGCAAGACGAGAAGGAUGGUGUGAGCACUUUAGACGCGGGUGGGGUAACAGGUGUGCAAGAGGAUAAGGAUGGCGUGAAAGCUGCGAAUCUCGAGCAGUACAUGACGGGUUUCGAUCGGGUUGUACAGCGACUAGGGUUCGAAACCGACACGGAUUUGCUGAAAGCGCGCCUGGCGCGGGGCGAGCGAGUCAAGAAGCUCAUCGCCAUGAUCCAAGGUGCGGAGGAGCAGCAAGCGAAAGCGCCUAUGCCGGAGCUGCCGUCCGGCAUCGUCUGCUACCACAUCCACAACAUCCACGGCCUCGAGAUCUUACCCCCGCAAAAGACGCUCUCCGGCAGCGGCCGCAGCCAGGAUCAGGGUAUGCGGCCCCGAACGCGCCUCGAAGACGUCAUGGGCGAGGAUUCCAAGUUUCCAUCGUCCUACUGCUACGUCUGCUUGAAUGACCAGCCCAUUCUCAAAACGAGAACUGCAGUGCUCAAUGCGCAACCGUACUUUAAUGCAGGCGGUGAGCGUUUCGUGCUCGACUGGCGCACAUGCCGGCUGGAUUUCGUCGUCAAGGACGCAAGGAUGCGCGAGGCGGAUGCGGUCCUUGGGCUGGUGAGCGUCCGGCUUGCGGACGUGCUCAAGGACUCGGGACGGCACACGGACUGGCACACGCUCACUGGCGGGCUGGGCUUUGGGCGUAUGAAGAUCUCUGUCGUGUUCCGCUCGCUGGACGUGCAAAUCCCCGCCGCGCUGCGCGGAUGGAACGUCGGCGUGCUCAAGGUCGACAAACUCGGCGCCACGAUUGACAGAGGAGCGGCUGGGAACGAGAAGAACAUGGCGGUCAUUUUCGAGACGUAUGGUGGCAGGAUUUGCAGCGCGAGCGUCGAGCCGGUACCCGUGCCGGUCGGCAGCCAAGAAGGCGGCGGCGCGUUGCCGUCCUCGUCACCUGCGUCGUUGCGUAUCGACUGGCCCAUGAGGGAGGCGAUGCGGCUGGCGAUCCGGCAGCGCUACCCGUGCUGGGUACAUGUGCGCCUGGUGCAGGAACGGCGCAGGCCAAGCAAGCGACCGCGGAUCGGGCACGCGGUGAUUUCGCUGGAUCACAUCGUCGACAGAAAGCCGACGACGCUGCGCGUGCCCAUCUUUGCCGGCGAGGGCGACCACGUGGACCAGGACGUGUACCGCGCGCUGCUCCGCCGGCGACGCGAGGCACUCCUCCAGUCGCGGGCGCCUGGGCCGCACGAGCGGCCGAUGAUGGAGGAGUUAUGCACGCUGACGCAGCGCGAUGUGCCAGACGUGCUGGCUGAAUGCAGCAGCGGCGACAACAACGGCAACGGGAUUCGGCGCAUUGGCACGCUGGAGCUGACGCUGGCGUUCGUGCCGGGCAUCGCGACGGAGCACAAGGCGCUCGUCGCGGGCGACGCGGAGAUGCGCGUGGCGUGGGAGACGCACCUUGUCGCGGUUGACGCGGGCGAGCACCCGCGCCCGAAGAAGCUGGCGGCACUUCGGCGUUCGCGGAGCGCCGCCCUCGGCGCCAGUGCCGGGGAGGAUGGCUACGAGUCUGAUGAUCUGUACGAUGUCGGCAUACCGUCCGAGUUCGCCCUCGGUGGCGGUGGGCAAGUCGACGGGGGGUAUGACGAUGAUGGAGACGAGUAUGGCCGCGAACGCAGGAGGGACUCUCCCGGCUCCUCGCCCUCCCUCUCCGAUGACGAUGGCGACGGCGCGGUGCACCGGGCGAGCGCCGAGUCGCGCAAACGGACGCUGCACCGGCAGCAGCGGGGCGCGGCGCAGCUCAAGGGCUUCCGCACGGCGCAGUGGCUCAAGGGCGGUGUGCAAGAUGGGCUGCAGCGGCUGCGGAAUGCGGCGGGCGAGCAGCGCAAGCGCAUCAGCAGCCUGGACAACGAAGGCGUCUCGCACUUUUGAUGUGUGCGCGUGGGUGCGUUAUGUACAGCCUUGCGGGGAGCCACCGGUUGCCUUUUGUUUUCGUUGGCUGCGUGAAUGCGUAUGUAUUUCCUUGGUGCACCGAGACGCCAUCGCAUGUAUAGUAUAGUACAUCGAAGAGCAACACCUCCGCCGGCGAGCAGCUAUACACACGCUUGAUCCAGGUUGGCACAGGUUCAAACGGCACCAUGGCCUCUCCACAACAGGGCAUGAGUUUUACCCUCUCAGACUGCCCAAGCCUUGUAGAUUUAAAAGAGGACGUUGUGGCGACAUGCUGU